GAAAAUGUACGAUUAAAUAGAACAUUUUCUCUCUUUCAACCAUAUGAUAUAUAUAAUUCUACUUAUCUGUACAUCCAAUCAGAGCAUAUUUCAAAUCUAAACCUGCAAAAAUAACUAAAACGAUCCAAUAAGUUCAAGUUGACAUAGGUCAUUUUCCCUCUGUCAAGCAUAUAUUAUAUAUAAUUCCACCUUAUCUAAUAUCUACACAUCCAAUAUCAAACCAGAUUUCAAAUCUGAAUUCCCCAGAAGCAACUAAAACGAUCCAAUACUAACUAACGUUACUUGGUAGUUGUCAAGGGUUGAAAAAACAAUUCUCAAAAGUUUUGCUUACUAUACAUAAUUUUACUAAUACAUGAGGGUCUUUAUUGUAAAACUUGGCAAAAAUGGAGGGGUUCCUUUGUGACCUUUGGGUUUUAAAGAAGGCGCAGUCUGUCUCCGUUAUUCCCGAAAGAUGGCGGACGACAAGGUUAGAGAUGAAGCGAUGCAGAUCAUUGGAAUGUUUCAGAUCCUUCCCAGACUUGUCGUUUUCGACCUCGAUUAUACUCUCUGGCCUUUCUACUGUGAAUGUCGUUCUAAACGCGAAAUGCCGUCUUUGUACCCACAAGCAAAGGGUAUAAUGAGUGGUCUGAAAGAGAAAGGAAUUCAAAUGGCGAUUGCUUCCAGAUCUCCCACUUCAGAUAUUGCCAACACUUUCAUUGACAAAUUGAAUAUCAAGUCCUUGUUCGUCGCCAAAGAAAUAUUUUCGAGCUGGAGUCACAAGACGGAGCAUUUUCAAAAGAUACACACAAGGACAGGGGUGCCUUUUACUGACAUGCUCUUCUUCGAUGAUGAGGACAGAAACAUUAAAUCAGUUUCUAAAAUGGGAGUGACAAGCAUCUUGGUGGGUGAUGGGGUUACACUUGGAGCACUCAGACAAGGGCUUACUGAAUUUUCUCAAAACCAUAACACUAUCGAGAAGAAUAAGAAGGUCUGGCGCAACAAGUAUUCUGGAAAGGCUGCCUCAUCUGAGACCGAAAAAGACUGACAUUGAGUUGUAAAACCCAUACUAUUCUAUGGUGAUGCAUGCACCAUUAUUUACUGUAUAAAUAAAUUGCAUGGAUACGUGAAGUUUUGUGUUGAAGAUUCUAACUCUCAAUACUGGCUUUGUUACAUGGAUGUUCCUUAUGUAACUGUGUUUCCGAUGAGACUCCCAGAAAAUGGUGGUGCUGGUGAGUAGUUGAAAUUUAAAUUAUGUAUGUAUGAAAUGUUAAAGAAAUUCUAUUUAAACUAUGUAUGAAAUAAGUUUUUCAACAA